CCUUUUGCGGCAGCGUAUAUUCUUGCCUCCUGCUCUCUGUUCUUCGUUGGAGUUGUCACCCCCUCAAGAUGCCGGGCGCCGCUGACAAAGGGACAGAGUUGUCUGAGCGGAUCGAGAGUUUCAUAGAGGCGCUGAAGCGGGGCGCGGGCCAGCGCAGCUCGGAGGACAUGGCCCGGGAGACGGUGGGGCUGCUCCGUCGGAUCGUGGCCCACGGCCGCUGGAGCAACGCUGGGGAGCUGAUGGAGCUCAUCCGGAAGGAGGGCCGGCGGAUGACGGCCGCGCAGCCCUCAGAGACCACCGUGGGCAACAUGGUCCGGAGGGUGCUCAAGAUCAUCCGCGAGGAGUACGGCAGACUCCAUGGACGAAGUGAUGAGAGUGAUCAGCAGGAGUCCUUACACAAGCUCUUGACAGCUGGAGGCCUGAAUGAAGAUUUUAGUCUUCACUAUGCCCAACUCCAAGCCAAUAUCAUUGAGGUUAUUAAUGAGCUGUUGAUAGAGCUGGAAGGGACAACUGAGAACAUAGCAAUGCAGGCUCUGGAGCACAUUCACUCCAAUGAGGUGAUCAUGACCAUUGGAUACUCCCGAACCGUUGAAGACUUCCUUAAAGUGGCUGCCCAGAAGCGGAAAUUUCAUGUUAUUGUGGCAGAGUGUGCUCCUUUCUGCCAGGGCCAUAAGAUGGCAGUAAAUCUGGCCAAGGAGGAUAUUGAAACAACUGUCAUGACUGAUGCUGCUAUUUUUGCUGUUAUGUCAAGAGUCAACAAAGUGAUCAUUGGCACAAAGACCAUCCUAGCCAAUGGUGCCCUGAGAGCAGUAGCAGGAACACACACCCUGGCCCUCGCAGCUAAGCACCACUCCACUCCACUCAUUGUUUGUGCACCCAUGUUUAAGCUUUCACCACAGUUUCCCAAUGAAGAAGAUUCAUUCCACAAGUUUGUAGCUCCUGAAGAAGUCUUACCAUUCACAGAGGGGGACAUUUUGGAGAAGGUCAGUGUUCAUUGCCCUGUGUUUGACUAUGUCCCACCAGAGCUUAUCACCCUCUUUAUCUCCAACAUUGGUGGGAAUGCGCCCUCCUAUAUUUACCGCCUCAUGAGUGAGCUCUACCAUCCUGAUGAUCAUAUACUCUAAAGUCGGGAGAUGAUGGCAUACAGGUAGAUGUUUGUAUAACACUGAAUGGAGAUGUGCCUAAAAAACUAAUGAGAGACACCCUACUUCUGACUUGGGAACGGGUGGAUUCAAGUUCCCUCCAAAGAAGACUUGAACUCUGGAUAGGAACUCCUGUCUCUGCAGCCAUACAUAUACGUGGGCAAAAUUCCAGGAUCUCUUCUUUGGAUCUUAAUGGAACAACAGUGCUUGACUUGUUGAUUUGGAAGCCUCCUGCUGAUCUGGCCGCAUCUCUGUGGGUUAUGAAAAGUUCUGAUUCAGUGAUGUGUUAUGGGUCACAUGGAAUUCUUUGCUGAGGUAGACACCUUUGCUCAGAGAUUUCUACACCUUCUCCCGGGAUAUGCUAAUAAAAGCUACUUUAUGACU